AUGGAAAGUAGAAUGUCAGAAGAUAUUGAAGGAAUUGAAAAAGAAAUAGAAAUGGAAUUAAGCAGAAUCAGUGUUUCUUCCUUCGAAGCAAAUGAUCCUGACACAGAGGUAUCAGAUGAAGCUUUGAGUGACAGUGAGACAAUUUCAGAUGACUUGCCAGAAUCAGUUUUCUCCUAUUUAAACUUUAUAAAGAGCAGAAAUCAAGAUGCCGAGAAGCUUAUACUGCAGGAUUCAGAAGAUGAAGAAACUACAAGUAAUGUUUACGGAGUAGUUUCCUGUCAUGCUUCAGAUUACUCGGCAAAAUUGGCUUCUGAAUAUAAUGAAGAUCCAGAACAAGUGAAAAAAGGGGUACUAUUUGAAAUUAGAAAAGAAGACUUGCAGGUUGCUGCAACACCUAGUUAUAAUAGUCAGUUGACCAUUGAUGAAGUGGUCACUGAUGACCAUUUGUUACAGGCUGAUGCUGAAAUGAGCAUAAGCUUUACUCAUCAUGAAAUAGAAGAAAAGUGUAGACAAGAGUUUGAGCAGUGGGAGAAAAGACAAAGGGAUUUGGAAGAUGAGAAGAGGAAAAAGUGGAAAGCUGAGAGGGAAGCACAGGAGAAACAGAAUGAAGAGGAACACUCAAGAAGGAUUCAACGUCUGGAAGAAUUUGAGGCUGAAAGAAUAAAGUUAGAGCUUCUUCAUAAGAAACGCCAGGCUGCAAUAGAAGAUGAGAUACAGAAAGAAAAGAAAGCUUGGAGAGACAAAAUGAAGCAACGUGAGGAAUUGAUCAUGAAGCUACAGCUGCAAAUGGAAGAAGAGAAGAAGGCGUUGGAAGAACAGAAAGCAAAAGAAAACCAGCAACUGGCAGAACAACAAAAUACAGCAGCUGUGAAAAUCCAAGCUAGAUUUAGAUCAUUUUUAGUCCAUAAAAAAUAUGGUCCCAUCUUAAAAGAAUGGAAAGAUGAAAUAAAAAAGAAGCAGAAAAUACUAGAAGAAAUAGAGAGAGAAAUGAAAGAAAAAGAGGAAAAAAUUAAGAAGCGAAUGGAAGCAAAUAGGCAAAAGAAUGAAGAAGAAAAGAAGGGACAAGAACUUGAAAGACACAAUUAUUUAGAAUGUAUGAGGAGGCGUGAAGAAUAUGAAAAAAAGAAAGAAAACCUUAGACUUGAGAGAGAACAACAGCUGCAAAUAAGAGAACAGAGAAAACUAGAAGAAAAAAGAGCAAAUGCUCUGAUGAGUGAAAGUGGAGAAAACAACAAAGAAAACAUAAAAAAGGAUAAGCACACAGAAAAUUCAAAAGUAGCAAGAGAACAGAAGGAAAUAAGUAAGCAAGUAGAGAAACAAAAAGUGACUGAAAUGAUGGAUGAAACAAAUAAUUGCAUGAUUCCAUCAGAAAGAAAUUUGACACCAACAACAAACAUGCUAGGCUCUGGGAGGGAACAUUCUUCUCCAGUAAAUAAUGAGAACACAUACAUGAAUUAUCCGGUAGCAAAUGCAGAAGAAAAUUAUUCACAAACUAGAAAUCAUAAUAAAUCUGUGAGCAGUCAUGCUUCACAGGAUGAAUACAUUAAUUUUGGAGCUAAUGACACAAUAGAAAAAAGGGCAAACAAUAUAUAUAAUAGUCCACCAAAUGUCCAGCCAAAUGUUAGAAGCAGAGAAGUCAGUGAUCAGUUAUCUCAGUCUGAAACAAUGCAGAAUUCUGUGUUUCUAAUGGAAAAUUCUAAUAAGGAAUUCAGAGAGACCUGUGAUGGAAUUCAAGAUAUAGCUGAUUGUUCCAGUAGACUAAUUCUUCCUGAUAUUGAAAAGAAGAGAAUAAAAUGGAUGAACACAUGCAAAUCUUGGUCUAAAAUUUAUGACGAAAACCAAAGAAAGCAAUCAACUAUAAAAAAAAGACAAAGGAAAAAUGUAUUGAACAAGAUGCCUCCAUUAAGUGCACAAAAGAUAAUUGAUAGUGGCCCUUGGAGUAGUCUGCAGCAGGUCACAACACUUACACUUGAAGAUUUGCCAUCUUGUAGCCUCUCAACGUUGUCUGAGUGUUCAAACCUUCAAGCUUUGACGCUGAGGCGCUGUGGAUUACUUGCACUGGAAGGACUAAGUAGCUGCAAAGACCUAAAGUAUAUCAAUGUGGAGGAAAAUAACAUUCAGAUAAUUGACUGUGAAAACCUAGAAAAUCUCUGUAUUCUGAUUCUGAAUAAGAACCAUCUUUCAUCAGUUUGUGGCUUAGAUGGCUGCACAAAUCUCCAAAAUCUUGAACUUUCAUACAAUAGAAUCACUCGAAUUGGUGGUUUGGAGUCACUGAAAAAUCUUCAGCAAUUAAUUGUGGACCAUAAUCUGUUAAUCAGCACAAAAGGUCUUUGUGAGGUGCCUACUCUCAUUCACCUAGACUGCUCUUUUAAUCAUCUUACACAAGUUGAAGGCAUUGAGAAUUGUGGCCUGCUUCAAAUUCUGAAGUUGCAAGGCAAUAACCUCCAGGAGCUUCCACGACUGGAAAAUCAUGUUCUCCUACGAGAACUAUAUUUGGAUGACAACAGCAUUUCUACUAUAAGCAUGCUUUCUUUGUAUUGGUUGCCUCUAUUGCAGAUUCUUUUUCUGUCUCAAAAUAGAUUAACUGAGCUUGUGCCUUUAAAUUCAUUUGUAUCUUUGGAAAAGCUGGAUAUCAAAAAUAACUGUUUGUCUGACCUUAACGGUGUCACUGCAUGGUUAAGUGGCUGUCAUAAACUAAGGGAGUUGUCCCUGAAUGGAAAUCCUCUUCUUCAAGAAAAAAAUUGGAGGUCUUCUUUGUCUAAGGUCCUCCCUAGUUUACAGUUUCUUGAUGGCAGAAUCUACAGCUGUCCUACUUUACCCACAAUGGAAAGAAUCAAAGGAUCAGAUUCAAAACCUUUUCUGGAACUUUAUCAAAUUCAAAUUGAAGAAAAUGUUCUGCUGAAAGAAAAGGCUGUUGAAUUGGGAAUUUCCUCUUCCAUUGAUUCUGCAGAGGGACAAUGCUGGUAUUUUAAUCAGUUGAUGGAACUUAGUAUUAAACAUCGAUAUGCACAUGAGUAUGGUGAACUAGACAUUACUGACAGAGAUGGUCCAGAAGCACUGCAAAACCAUUUAAAACAAACAUCCACUGGCUGCCUACAGGAAAAUAACCUCUUAAUCAUGGGUGUGACAGAAAAUAAACAGGUCUUGUUGGAUCCUUCUGAAAGAUGGAUUACUACUGGCCAUAUUCAGGCCACAUGCACUAACUCCUCCGUACCUGUGCACCAAAAGGAAAAUAAGGAAGAUCAGAGAGUGCAGCAGAAGAGCACUGCAUCUUGUAUUAGUUACAAUGGGGAAAGCAAAGGCAACAAUAACAUGUCAGCCCAAUUCACCUUUCAACAGUCAGUGAUAGCAGCAAGUAAUAUGGGAAAAGAUCUUCAGCAUUUUGAGAACAAUACAAAAAGGCUACAUAUGGCAGCAUCAGUGAUCCAAUCCCUUUGGAGGAAAUACCGUGCCAGGAAGAAAACUAACUGCACCAAAACAGAGAAUCAUCAGUUUAUAGAAGCUUUGAAACAGAAGCAUGAAGCUGCCACAAUAAUCCAGGCAUUUUGGAAGGGUUUUCUUUUGCGAAAGAAACUGGCCAGUGCUCUUGCAGCUGUUAAAAGUGAUGAAGUGGAUGAUGAUUACGAAGAAAUAAAUGUGGAUGAUUUCAUGCUUUCUGAAGCUGCAUUAGAGAAGGAAUGGCUGACUCUAGAUACCACCCGUUUCCCUUCAAAAACACUCCUGCUCUCAAACCAGCUGCACUGGCCAAAGCAUUCUGGGCCUUCAGAUUCCAGUGAACAUUCGAAUAGUUUGCCCUUGUCACCACAAGAAGUUUGGCAGCAUGUUAACAGACCACAUUCAUAUUCAGCAGAAAAUAUCGACUUUCAUAGCAGGUCAGGGAAGGGAAGCAUGUCACAGCUCUCUGACUGUAAGGAAAAAAAGAAAUUUUUGUUCAUGUCUGAAAAAGAAGAGAAAAUUUCAGAAGAAUGGGGUUUUAAGGAUAUUUCAACUGUACAGCUAAUGCUGAAGAGGGCCCAUAAAAUGAAGCCCAAAAAAUACAGUAAUAAAAGCUUAGACCCAGCUGUGCGCCUGGCGUUGUUCAAAAACAAUGAAAAUAAACAUCUCUACAUGAAACCACCAAGGAAGACACAGCCUAGAAGCACUGAUUACUUUGAAGGUAAAAAAGAAGAAUUUUCCCAGCUGGAUACUACUUUAGAUGAGAAAUUACAAAGGAGAAAAGACUUUACAUACCAAUGGUUUCAUACACAGCUUUUGGAUUAUGAAGCAGCCAGUUCCAAAAAUACGAAGUGCUUACAUUUUUUGCCUGAGGUAGAUCCUGCGUUAUAUGACAGCAGACAAGUACAACUUGUGGCAAGCCCGGUAAGCAGAGAAGACACGGAUUUAGACCUUGUUUCCAUGGCCAGUGGAAGUUCUUUGACUGAGAACAGAGAAAAAAAUAAGCAGCCACACAGACACUCAGCAAGAUCUUCAAAAAAGAAUAUAUCUGCUCCAGAAAAAUCGUGGUUUGGUCCCUCUCAUAGAGAACGGAUAUCAUUUCGAGACCAUCCAGUGCAGCUCAGCGGAGGAUGGGGAGCAGGCAAAAAAAGGCAAACACUUAAAAAUAUUACCUGA